UCCGUGCUUCACGCCGGGCUCACGCGACGUAGGUCAGACCGAGAAUAGCCGUAAGGUCUGAGCGUGCGUCGAGGGAGGAAGGAUACAUGAGGAAAAGGCACUUUUACUCGUGGCACGUUAGCCUCGCGAGUCAGGGCUUCUCCCUUCCCCCCAGAAAGACCUACCCAGACCGAUUUGCUCCGGAAGAACUUUGGGAGAGGUCGAGCUUCCCUAGCAACCCAGAGUGCGCGUCUAGCAACGCGUUGCAGGUACUGUUUUCUGGGUGAACUGCAGUUAAAAGAUGCCGCCCCUGCAAAUCCGGGACUACAGCUGGCAGCAGACUGAAUCUACGGUGUACCUCUCUUUGCCACUCCGAGGCGUCCAGCCCAGGAACUCCGACAUCUUCUGCACGGAAAAUUACUUGAAGGUCAGCUAUCCUCCAUUUUUAUUUGAGGCAUUUCUCUAUGCUCCCAUAGAUGAUAUUAACAGCAAAGCCAAAAUUGGAAAUGAUGCCAUUGUCUUCACCUUGUAUAAAAAAGAAAUUGGAAUGUGGGAGGCCCUUUCUUUGGCAAGUGUUGACAAAGAGAUGAUGCAAAAAAUAAGAGAAAAAUCUGUCUUACAAGCACAAGAAAGAGCACAAGAACUGACCAAAGCAAAAGCUAUUUCAAAACGAGAAAAUGAACGAUAUGCUUUGAAGAUAAUGAUGGAGAUUGAAGAAGAUGAGCGGAAAAAAAUUGAAAACUUGAAAGAAAAUGAGAGGAAAAAAGCAACUGAAGAUCUGGAGGCUUGGAAGGCACAGCAAAAAAUUAUUGCUGCUGAAGAAGAAGUAAAGAUUCAAAGAGAAGUGAAAAUAUGUCAACAAAAGAAGCAAAUAGAAAGAGAAAAAAAGAAAUCAAAAGAUAAAACUAACCACAUAAAAACUAUGAAGUCUAAAAAUACUAUAAAAGGCUUACAUAGAAUUGGGACGUUUUGUAUUAUACUUUAUUUUCAAGAAUUCAUGCUCUCAUUGAUAUGGGUACUACCUCCAAAAGGAAGCAGUGCAAAUUCCAUAUUUUCUGAGACACUAAAAGAUGACUGUGUUCCUGCUCCUCGAUCUGUUGGCAAUAUUAAAAUCCAGUUUACUCCUCGAGUUUUUCCAACUGCUCUCAGAGAAUCUCACGUAGCAGAAGAAGAAGAGUGGUUACAUAAACAGGCAGAGGCACGAAGAAUAUUGAAUGAAGAUAUUCCUGAACUCAGUGAUUUAAAAGAAGAGGAAAAGAAUCCAGAAUGGCUAAAGGAAAAAGGAAACACAUUGUUUGGUACAGAAAACUACCUGGCAGCCAUUAAUGCUUAUAACUUGGCAAUUCGACUGAACAACAAGAUUCCAUCUUUGUAUCUGAAUCGUGCUGCUUGUCACCUCAAACUUAAAAACCUACACAAGACAAUUGAAGAUUCUUCCAAGGCCUUGGAAUUGCUUAUACCACAUGUUGCAGACAAUGCAAAUGCAAGAAUGAAAGCUCAUGUAAGACGUGGAACAGCAUUCUGCCAACUAGAAUUAUACGUAGAAGGUUUACAGGAUUAUGAAGCUGCACUUAAGAUCGACCCAUCUAAUAGAAUUUUACAAAAAGAUGCUAAGAAGAUUCGUAAUAUAAUCCAAGGAACUGAACUGGAAUAAGAACAAAUACAACAAACAGAUAGAUGUGCCUUGUGUUGAUAAUAAGGAGGUGAAGACAUUCAUAUCUUUUUUUGGUAUUCUGAUUCAUACUGCCAAAUGAUUUCCAUUGCUAUUACAAUUUCUGUAGAGGACAAAAUAUUUUAAAGCUGUAGGAAACAAGCUAUCCAAGUUGAACAAGUUUUGAGUAAAUAAAUCACAGUAAAAAAUAUAUAUGUUUUAAUUAUUAACUUUAAAAGUAUAUGUAUGUUUGUCUUUUUUUCCCCCUUGUAUAAACUACUUGCCCACGUAACUAAACAUGCAUUUGGUGUUUAAUAUUAGGAUAAUGAUUUAAUUUUGAUCAGAUAUCUAUUUUUAAAAACAUAGAUUGUAAUGUUUUCAUUUUAUAUUGUGUUGGGCCAAUAAAGCAACUGAAUUAAGUCA